UUGCACUGACGCUGUUUGUUAUUUGAUAAAAGAGGAGUUUGGGCCAUGCAAUUAUCACAACAAUUUUCUCUUGAAGUAGGUAUACUAUUUGCUGUCAAAAAUCAUUUUUUACGCUAGGACUAUUGAAAAGUUUGCGACUUUUCACAUUGCUUUUUGUUUUGGGCUUUAAAUGGAAAGGGGGACAGGCAAUUUACAAAUAUACUAACUUGCCUUAAUUACUAUUAAAUUAAUGAUGACCAUAUUUUUUUUAAAGGAAGGAAACAUUUCAACACCGGUUAAUGUUGAUUUGUCCUCUCUUACCCUCCAGAUAUUGAGCAAAUAAAACAUUGGCUAAGCAGAUCACGGACUACACACUAUUAUUCUCGGGCACCGUACGAGAAUAACUGUAGCUCUGUCAUUUGCUACAAAUAAUAUUGAAAAGAGAAUAAAUCAUUAUUCGGAUUGGUCAUAAAUGUAUCUUAAGUGUUGUCGACGUUAUUUGAGGUGCAAUUCAAAGACUAAGAAGAAUAGAAGUGUGAGGUGAUUUAAUCAGCGCGAGGAACCAUCUGGUAAUUGCAUCGCCAAGUUUACACUGCUCUUGCGUGCUAUCCCGAACUCCAGUGGAAGGGAGGAAGAGAAGGUGUUGCAGCACCGGUGCAGUGGCCCUCGUCUGAUAAAUGUCCACCUGCGCUGACAUUUUUAUGGGUCUUUCUCAUCAGCUGCUGUGUGAGGCAGAUCUCCCCGUUGGAUCGUAGCAACGCGUCAACUCUAAUAGAGCUUCCCCCAGUCCACUCGCCAGCCAUCUGACAGACCCAACAAACAUCAAAGCUUUUCUUCCUUCUAACCAUCAGGCUCUUCUACUCCUUUUACUGUCUGUAGAGAGGGGGAUGUCUGUUAUCUAACUGCUCUGUCUACUAAUCUACUAGCUCAGCUCAGUCCAACAUAGCCCUGCCCCCCUGACUCACACCAUCCAGCCACCCUCAGCCAUGGAGGACUAUGAGGUGUGCUCGGCUGCCAGUAUCCUGGCCUCGGUGAAAGAGCAGGAGGCACGUUUCGAGCGUCUGACCCGGGCCCUGGAGGAGGAGCGACGCAACGUCUCCUUGCAGCUGGAUCGUUCCAACAUACCCGCCGAUAGGCUGGGAGGGACUGGGCCUAAUGCUAACCUGCCACCCAACAGCCAACCCCUGGCCUGGCAGCAGGUGGUGAUGCAGGAGCAGAGCCCCAGUAACCAGACGUCUCUGGCCAUGAUGCAGGAGCCCCAGGAGAUGGUGGAGGAGACAGUCACCAUCGAGGAGGACCCUGGCACACCCACCUCCCACGUGUCUGUGGUCACCUCCGACGACGGCACCACGCGACGCACAGAAACCAAGGUGACGAAGAUGGUGAAGACGGUGACCACGCGGACGGUUCGCCAGGUGCCCCUGGGCCCCGACGGCCUGCCCCUGCCCGAGGGCUCCUCCCCGCUGGGCAGCUACACAGACUCCAUCGACCGGCGCUACCUGAAGAACGGUGAGCGCUACAUCACCACGCCACAGGCCACCUCCACACUCACGCGCUCCUACAACAACUACAACGACUCCUACACCGACACGCUCCCCCCCGAUGCUGGUGGGAGCCAGUACGGUGGGCGCCACUAUGGCGUCCACGACGGCUACGGGAUCGGAGACGUGACCGACAACUACGGCAGCCUGUCGCGUGGCGUCAACUUCCGGCCACCCCGCUACCCCUACGCCAUGGCGAACAGCUACCGGACGGAGAACAGCUACGGGACCUUACCCAUUCGGAAGGAUGACUACGGCCACGUGGCCCAGCCUCAGGUGCCCAUGGGCAGCAGCAGUGUGGACCUGAACCGGUCCCAGCCAGAACGCUUCCAGCCAGAGCCCUACGGACUGGAGGACGACCGCCGCAGCCUGGGCCCUGAGGAGGAGGAGCCCUAUGACCUGGACCCUGACUACUCCACCGCCAGCCGACGCCAAGGCACACUGCCUGGCACCAACCGCGGCAGGACCAUGAGAGAGCCGCUCCGCGAUGGGCCACGCGUCAGGGGGUACGAGGACCCCAUCGAGGCAGAGCUGGUUGACGAGCGACACCCCUACAUCCAUGGCAUGUACGCGGCCCCCCUGGCCCAGCCCGAGAGGGGGAGUAUGGCCAGCCUGGACCGCCUGGCAGGCCGCCGCUCGCCCUCCAUCGACAGCAUCCGCAAGGACCCGCGCUGGCGUGACCCCGACCUGCAAGAGGUCAUCGCCAUGCUGGGCCACCCCAUCGACCCAGUCAAGUCCAACGCCGCCGCCUACCUGCAGCACCUGUGCUACGAGAACGACAAGAUCAAGAAGGAUGUGCGCCAGCUGAAGGGGAUCCCGGUGCUGGCAGGGUUGCUGGACCACCCCAAGGCUGAGGUCCACCGCAAGGCCUGUGGAGCCCUGAGGAACAUCUCCUACGGCAAGGACCACGACAACAAGGUGGCCAUCAAGAACUGUGAUGGUAUCCCAGCCCUCAUCCGCCUGCUGAGGAAGACCAACGACAUGGAGGUCCGUGAGCUCAUUACAGGGACCCUGUGGAACCUGUCUUCCUAUGAGCCUCUGAAGAUGGUGAUUAUAAACCACGGGCUGCAGACUAUGACCAAUGAGGUCAUCAUCCCCCACUCAGGCUGGGAGCACGAGCCCAACGAGGACUCCAAGCCCCGUGACGCAGAGUGGACCACCGUCUUCAAGAACACCUCUGGAUGUCUGAGGAACGUGAGUUCGGACGGGGCCGAGGCGAGGCGCAGGCUGAGGGAGUGUGAGGGGCUGGUGGACGCUCUGCUCCACGCCCUGCAGUCAGCUGUGGGGAAGAAAGACAUGGACAACAAGUCUGUGGAGAACUGUGUGUGUAUCAUGAGGAACCUGUCCUACCACGUUCACAAGGAGAUCCCAGGGGCCGAGAAGUUCACAGACCCAUCACCGCUGCAGGCCCCGGGCUCUGUGGGCCCUCAGAGGAAGAAGAAGGAUGAUGCAGGCUGCUUCGGAGGGAAGAAAGCCAAAGAGGAAUGGUUUAAUCAAGGCAGAAAAAACGGAGAGAAUGACAAAAACUACGACACGCUGGAUCUGCCCAAGCGCACAGAACCCACAAAAGGUUUUGAGCUGCUGUACCAGCCAGAGGUAGUGAGGCUGUACCUGUCUCUGCUCACUGAGAGCCAGAACUACAACACUCUGGAGGCUGCAGCAGGGGCCCUGCAGAACCUCAGUGCCGGACAGUGGACCUGGUCCAACUACAUCCGAGCCACUGUGAGGAAGGAGAAGGGUCUUCCCAUCCUGGUGGAGCUGCUGCGUUCUGAUGCUGACAAGGUGGUCCGAGCCGUGGCCAUCGCCCUGCGUAACCUCUCCAUCGACCGCCGCAACAAAGACCUGAUCGGGAGCUAUGCCAUGAGGGACCUGGUGAGUAACCUGCCCAGUGGUCAGCAGCGGCCAGCCAAGAACCUGGAGGAAGACACAGUGGUGGCCAUCCUCAACACCAUCCACGAGAUUGUGACGGACAGCUCCGAGAACGCACGCUCUCUCAUCCAGGCCCAGGCCAUCGAGAAACUGGUGGCCAUCAACAAGACGAGCCAAUCACCACGUGAGAACAAGGCUGCCUCCCACGUGCUGCAGACGGUGUGGAGCUACAAGGACCUGAGAAACGCCCUGACCAAGGAAGGAUGGAACAAGAGCCACUUCCAGCCUACAGCGACCGGCGCACCUAAAGCAGCCAAGAAUGGCAAGCCAGGCUACGACGACACUACCCUACCCCUGAUGGAGAAGAACCAAGGCAACAAGAAAAAUGGAAGUGGUGAUAUGAUACCUAUGGACGAGCUUGGUCCAGAUGGCUACACCACCAUCGACCAGAGAGACAAGGACUGCAAGUACAAGAGUAGUGGAGACGGAUCAGUGGAUCUGACAGAACGGGAGCCAUUAAAGAAUGACACAAAUAUGAAACACUAUGUCAGGAGUAACAGGCCUGCAGUCAAUCUGGUGGAUGCUUGUGACGUUAAACCUCAGCCUGUUGACUCCUGGGUCUAAAUGCAUGCAUGGCUUAAAUAACAACCGCGCAACAUCAACUAGAUGAGGAUCUCCCAUGUCAUCACUGCCAUUACACAUGGAGCUUACUUUGAUGUUGACUCAUCAGCAGAUAGACUUUGUAAAAGAAAGAGGAAAAAAACAAAACAAAAAUGAUCAUGCAACAGCCAAUGUUUCAUGCUUUUGAAUCAGCAAAUGAAAUUAUGUAUAGAUAAGAAAAUCAAAAAACGACUACUUCUACUACUUCUCAUAUCUACAUUCCCACUGGAUGGACAGACGUAGUGUACACUAACAUGAGGACUCUGACUGGAGCAGUUCUGGUGUCAGGAUGGAAGAAUGGAGGCAGUUAUCCUCCUAGAGAUGCAAGGAUUCUAGAGCUCUAUCUCUUUGGUUACUGUAAGGAUGGCUGCUGGUGGUGUGAGGCAAGAAAGAAGGUGAUGUUUGUUGGGAGGAAAGGCAGUGUGUUGGAAAGGUGGAGGGAAAGGGAAAGAGAGAAAAUGAACUUUAUUUAAUUUUCAUGGCAAAAUGAAGUUUGCCUCUAAUUGUUUUUCCAUGUAACAGUUUGGUUUUUUGUUUCCAUUUUAUUUUUGUUGGUUUGUCUUUCCUCGAGGCACUGUAAAUUGUUUUUAUUUGCAAUAUUUUUUUCUUUUGCUGGUCUUUCUUUUACAUUUUAGUUUGGGUUUUCCGGAUUGAAGAAGUAUGGACUGGUGUGGUAGAUGGCAGAUGAAUGUUGGUGUGGUUUGAAGUUGGGCUCGAGGGGCACUUAAAGGAGCUGUAGCAGACUCCACACAGACGCUUUUACAUUUACAUUACAUUUUAGUCAUUUAGCAGACGCUCUUAUCCAGAGCGACUUACAGUUAGUGAGUGCAU